AGCUGCGCUACCACGACCUUCUCCCACCCUGAGGUCACAAUUGCGCCUGACUGCCGCACUGCACCAUUUCUCUUACCUUCGCAUCACUUGGAGUCAUCCAGCUGGCCUGAGAUGCAGACGCUGUGCCAUUGCGAACAGCCCACCACUCAAUUGAAGUAGUCAAGACCAUCACCAUGCAGCUCUCCCCAUUGACAAUGACUGGGCUCGAGGAACCAGGUUUCUCGAACAUGGCCGCGGCGGGUUACAUCCAAAUCACCUUGAUCUGGGUCGUCUAUGCCAUUGCCAUAGUCAUCCUCCUCUCCGUCGCUUGUCUCUUCGUCUACCUCUACCAGACACAUCGGGACCGGUCUAUGUUCGUCACCACGGUCUGCAUCUUCACCAUCACAUGUCUCCUGGCAACCGUCCUCCUCCUUCCGGUCGAUGUCGCGCUGGUCUCUAGUACCACAAGCUCAAAGCUAGGCAGACGGAAGGAUUGGGCAAACCAAGAGAAGGUCGACAACAUCACGCUUACCCUCCGGAUCGUCUACUAUCUUCUAUACUCGCUCGAUGCGCUUUUGUGUCUGCUCGUCAUUCCGUUUACCUACUUCUGGUAUGAAGAAUAUGACGAAAUCGCCCAAGAGGAGGGUACGCAAACAUUCGGCUCCAGAUUCUGGGCUGCUUCCAAAUACACUCUGGCCUUCGUCUUCCUUUGCGUCGCCCUUUUCCUCGUAGGCUUCUUCGUCCCCGUCGCCCGUCACCGAGAGGGAGCUCAUUUCGACCUCGACUUUUUCAAGAAAUUGCUGGCCGAAAACCACGGAGAACGCGCCUUGACCUUUGCGCUGGGCCUUUUGAUCACGAUUGGCGUCCUGAUCUACUGCUUCUAUACUGCAGCAGGCCUCGCGCUUCUCCCUCUCACACUGAUCAAGUCCGCGCCUAGUAUCUCGGCACCGGCGUUAAGCGAAUCCACCGCGUCUCAGUUGGAAAGCAAUCUCGAAAGGCAGAGACAGCUGGAGGGCCGCGCUCAAGGCAAUCCUGAUGGCCUGUCCUCCAAAGAUCAAAGAGAACUUGACGCGCUUGUCCGCGAAGAGCGCACUCUUCGUCGUCACCAACGGCUCGCCGAAGAAUCCUCGGGGAAAGAUCAGAAUAUUUUCUGGAAGAUUUGGAUCAAGCUGGGCGCCAUUCUGCGGCCUAUCAAGCUCAUUCUUGGACUUUUGCUGGUGAUCAUUGUGCUGUUGAUCUUCGCCAGCAUGCUGAUUACGGGCAUUGACAAGGCCAAGAACUCGAUCUGCAAACAGCACUGCGGCUAUCUGCUCGCACACAUCAACAUCUUCCAACCGGUCAACUGGAUCCUGGUCAUGUCCGCCAAAGUGUUCCCCAUCGACUAUGUCAUCUUCAUGCUGAUCGUGAUGCUUUUUUUCAGUGCGAGCAUCCUCGGCAUCGCGACCAUUGGUAUCCGCGUCUUGUGGAUCACCAUCUUCAGAAUCCGGAAAGCUCACACAUCGCCACAAGCAUUGUUGGUCGCCACUGUCAUGCUCACUCUCAUGACACUGGCUAUCAACUACUCAAUAGCGAUGAUGGUGGCUCCACAAUACGCCACUUUUGGCCCUCAGACGUUCUGCGACCACCCCCUCAAGCACCCUGGGGAGCAACCCGACUGUACUGAUCACCCCCAGCACAUUGUACCAUGCACAGAGUCAACCGACAACCCUGCCGCCAAGAAUGUGUGCACUCCCUCUGUGGUGUCGACGUUCCUCAAUCGAGUGACGGUCAACUUUCCCUUCUUCGGUGUUGUCGAUUUCUGGGCCCAGUUCGUCUUUCUGGGGAUUUUCCUGCUCGGCUUCGUUGUUCUCCUGUUCCGUACACCGAAGCUAUCAGAUCCGGACGCGGAGGAAGAUGAGCUCGAGGAAGAAGAGGAAGGCCUAUUGGCAAGCACAGGCAGAAGGUUCGAUGCGACAUGGCAAGACAUCACCGGCCGGGUCAGCCAGGGGGGUAGGAGGGAACAGCAAGGGAGAGGGACGAGGGAGGGUACGAGUCAUUGAAUCAGCACAUCAAUUGAUUGGGGGAACGGGCUCUAUUCAUUGGUAUGGGAUCGGUAGCACACGAAUGUUGUUGGCAUCGGGUUAUGGCAUACGCUCCUGUUGACACGGCGAUUGGACGACUGGAAUCAGGCUUUAUGCAGUCAAUGAUGGAUGCGCACUACGUUAAUACACCCAUUCCAAUCUUCAUCUUAAUAUUGGCAGGAGGGUAACCGCUGCAAGAAAUAAGCAGCACAGUCUGACCUAGAAAGAUGCUUACUCUGGAUAGCGACGAGGUGGCUGCCAGAUCAAAAAGAGCUAAUAUUGUUAAUAAGGAUAAGGAUGCUAUUAUGCCCAAGGACAGAA